GCCUUUUCUUCCUCUCGAAUAUACUAGGGUUUCUCCACACUUAAAACUUUAAAAGUCUCUCUGCAAUACCAGAGAAACACAAAAACAUGAAAAAGAUGACAGAAUCUAGGUCCCCAUUUCUUUUCUGGUUCUCUUUCUUCUGUUUGCUUCAUUCUCUUCCUGUCCACUCUGCCAAAUCCUCACAUCGUAGAUUCCCAUCUUUACUGAUAUCCCCAGGAGAAAAGAUAUCACCUUCUGCUGGUCAAAACCAACUUUACAGAACCAAAUACUUCACCCAAGUCCUUGAUCAUUUCAAUUACUAUCCCAAGAGCAAUGAAACUUUCCAACAGAGGUAUUUGAUAAAUGAUACGUUCUGGGGAGGCGCCAAGAGCAAUGCUCCAAUCUUUGUUUACACUGGUAAUGAAGGGAACAUAGAAUGGUUUGCGGAGAACACUGGUUUUCUGUAUGACACGGCUCCCCAUUUUAAAGCCCUCAUCAUUUUCAUUGAGGCGGAUUUGGUACGAGGGCCGGAAGUGGGUACUAGAGCGAGCGGUGCUAGACUGUGGCCGGAUUUGCUCACAAAGCCUCGACUUGGGGUGGACUGGUUUGACGAAGGUCGGACGACGACCAAGGGUGUUUGGUUGUCAGAUGACGACGGCGGCAACUGGUCAAGGUCUUCUACUCGUGACCGCGGUAUUGUUCUUGAGUACUGGGACAUGGUCUGGCAUGCAUCGGCCGGGUUGGGAGGCUGGAGGUGUGAUGGUGGCAGGUUUGGUGUAGAUCACGGCAGUGAUCACGAUGUUGGUGGCGGCGGUGAUGAUCAAGCUGGCAGUAACUCUGCUAGGCAUAGGUUCUAUGGAAAGUCUUUACCUUUUGGGGGCAAGAAAGAUGUGGCUUAUAGCAACGCAAGUACACUGGGAUAUCUGAGCUCCACACAAGCCUUGGCAGAUUAUGCUUCCUUAAUUAUUGAUUUGAAGAAGAAUUUGACAGGAACUGACUCACCUGUAGUGGUCUUUGGAGGUUCCUAUGGAGGAAUGCUGGCAGCAUGGUUUAGGUUGAAAUAUCCCCAUGUUACAAUUGGAGCUUUGGCAUCAUCUUCUCCGAUCCUCAAUUUUGAGAACAUAACAUCUCCAGAUAGCUUCAACAAUAUAGUCACUAAAGACUUUAGGAGUGAGAGUGAAAGUUGUUACAGAGUGAUCAAGGGCUCAUGGGAAAAUAUCAAAGACACUGCAAAGCAACCUGGAGGGCUUGAGCUACUCCGGAAAUCGUUUAAAAUAUGCACGAAUAAUAUUAGCGUAGAUGAUCUUCAAAAUUGGCUUGAAACUGCUUAUCUUUACACAGCAAUGACGGAUUAUCCUACUCCCUCGAAUUUCAUGAGUCCCAUGCCAGCAUAUCCAGUGAAACAGAUGUGUAAGGCAAUAGAUGAUCCAACAACGGGAAAUGAUACAUUUGCAAAGCUAUAUGGUGCAGCUACUGUCUACUAUAAUUACAGUGGGACGGCCAAGUGUUUCGAUCUUAAUGAUAAAUCAGAUCCUCACGACCUCGGAGGAUGGGAUUGGCAGAAUCUUGAUUGCCCAGAUCUGGUUUGGUGGUGAUGAGGGAUCUGCUCUUGAUCCGUCUUUUGAGGGGGGCGAUAGCGACCGACGCGGUGGCCAGAUCGUUACUUUUGGAGGUGGUGAUGCCUGGUGGUGUUCCGACGAGGGUAGUGCGGUCUUCUAUGGUGGAGGCAGUCUGUUUCGGGUUGACCUCUACCCGAUGCGUUCUUCUGGAUCGACGGUGGCGGUGGCGAUUGUCGGUGGCCUUGAACGCAAGACUGGUUUUCAGCCUUCGCCUAAAGGCGGCGACGGUUUCUGGGUGGGAUUAGAUCCUCUUGGAGAUGAGGGCAGUGAUCUGCAGAGGGUGAAGGAUGGUGAUAUGGCCCGCUCUGCUUUCGUUGGCGGAUGGGGUGGGAAUCGGCUUGGUCACGAUGGCCUCGUAGGGGCUAUGUGGCGGAGUUUUGCAACGGCGAGGCAACUGGGAGGUGGUGGUGGGGUGCCCUUAGUACUUCUGGGGGUGGCCUUCGUAAUUGCCAUGUGGACUGAGGCUUUGUGGGCUGUUGCUUGCUGGUGGGCCUGGGCUUUCAUAAUUUUGGACGGGAUGGAAGGUGAUCUGUCAUCUUCCAGUCCUAGUUUUUAGUUUCUUAUCAGGUCGCCAAGAUCACAUUUUCUGAGGGUUCAUUUUACUACUUGCUUCGGAGGAUGUUUGAUCUUUGUUUGAAAUAAUGGUGCGUUAUUUUCCUUAAAAGGUGGGUGUACUCGGGGUGACCUGGGGCUUGUUCUUGUUAUAGAACAGGUGUUUAGGGUUCUCUAAGGAACGAUUAUUUUGUCGACCCCAUAGGGGUGUUUCGUUUUUGUACAACUUGCUGAAUAUAUAUAAUGGGUUGAUCUUUUUUCAUAAAAAAAAA